UGGCCGUACAUGACUGAGAGGCCUCCCUUACAAGACAAGGAUAGAUCCCAAACCACAGCUUAAAGAAAUACAGUACAAAGUGAUGAAGGUUGGACCAAAUGCUAGAUAACCAAAUAGGAUCAAGAGGCUUAGAAUGGUUACGUGAAACUGUGAAAGCAGGUCGAGAGAGCUGAAAAUGGAGAGGGCGAAGGUAGGGAAAAGAGGGUGGUGGUCGGCGGUGGUAAUGGUGGUGGUGAUGGUGAUGGCGAUGGGGAAGGGAGGAGAGGCACAGCUGCUGGAGAACUUCUACGCCUUCAGUUGCCCUAACGUGGAAGCGAUCGUGAGGCAGGUAGUCCUCACCAAGCUGAGUCAAACCUUCGUCACUGUUCCUGCAACUCUUCGUCUCUUCUUUCAUGAUUGCUUCGUCCAGGGCUGUGAUGCUUCCAUCUUAAUUGCCUCAAGCAAUGGUGAUGCAGAAAAGGAUGCUCCAGAUAAUCUGUCCCUUGCCGGAGACGGCUUCGACAUCGUCAUCAAAGCAAAGCAAGCUGUAGAAGCUCUGUGUCCCGGCAUAGUCUCCUGUGCUGACAUCUUAGCCAUUGCAGCCCGAGAUGUCGUCUUCCUUUCAGGUGGACCUUCAUUCAUAGUGGAACUGGGAAGGCGAGAUGGUUUGGUAUCAAAUGCAUCCUUGGUGCCCGGAAACCUUCCACAGCCCAACUUCGAUCUCAACCAGCUCAAUCAGCUCUUCAGCGAGAACAACCUCACUCAAAUUGACAUGAUUGCGCUCUCCGGCGCCCACACCGUGGGCUUCUCACACUGCGGCAAAUUCACCAACCGCCUCUACUCCUUCUCCUCUGCUUCCACCCUUGACCCUUCCUUGAAUGCAAGCUAUGCCCAGCAGCUGAUGGCUGCCUGUCCCCAGAAUGUGGAUCCCAACAUUGCCUUCGACUUGGACCUCAUCACCCCUCAGACCUUCGACAACUUUUACUACCACAAUCUGGUUGCAGGGAAGGGUCUCCUCUCCUCCGAUGAGGUGCUUUUUACCGACCCGGCAUCACAGUCUACCGUCAUCGACUUCGCUACUAACCCUUCCGACUUCAAUGCUGCCUUUAUUACCGCCAUGAUAAAGCUCGGAAGGGUCGGCGUGAAGACAGGCUUAGAAGGGGAGAUCAGGACUGUCUGCACAACCUUCAAUUCUUAAUAAAUAUAACUAGUCUUUUUGACAACAGCCAUGGAUGAGUUGAGCCAAGCUAAUUAAACCCAUUCUGCUCUUGCUUCCUGUAUUACGUGUUCUUUGUCAAUACUGUAUCAGUGUAUCACAUUUGUUCGAGUUUCCAUGAUAAAGAAUCUCUCAUAAAAUUUCUCCCUAAGUUUCCAUUUUGUGAAUGCCGUACUGCACAAGAACAGCCAAGGACCAGACUGAUCCUAUGACGACGAAGGCACUUGUAUUGUAGCAUUUGAUAGAUGAGAAUGUGACCAUUGUCAAUUUUCCCACCUUCCACCUCCCCUAAAGUCGCAUCACUCUCUGAGACUCACUACUAGACUGUGAGUGAUCAAUGUGUUUCCUCUUCUUCUAUAUGUGAUGAUGACCUUCAUCUUGGGACCAUAGUCGCAAGGGGCGGAGGGGAUUCCCAAUUCGAAUCAUCGACUCUAUAUUCGCAAGGUUCAGAGCGAGUUUUCAGGUUUGGUUUCAUAUUCCUGACAAUCCCGUCAAAGAGAAACAAGGACAAUCAAACAGAAGUGAGGCUGUGUUUGAAAUACAUUCUUGGAAUAAAUUCUAGAUCUAGAACUCAUUCAGAAACAAGAAAGUAGAAAACAUUGGAGUUUCAGAAUACAUUCUAAAGCCAAAAUCCAUUCUGAGAACGUAUACCAAACACAAAUUAAUACUUGCUAAGCUCAGCCAUCCCAUACCAACAUAGAUCUAUAAGACUUGUAACUGUUAAUGUCUUACGUUAGACCUUAACCCCAGAAUUAGAAUUACGUGUGCAUGAAUGGCAUUUGGAUAUCUGGAAAAAUAGCCCAACCCCAAAACCAUACAAACAAAGCCUCACCUUAUUCUCUACCACCAUCCACAAUCAACUCGAGCAUAACAUUAAGAAAAUUAUAUA